AUGCUGCUCUCGGGAGAUCUUCUGAAAUUACACGUCCAAAGCGAGGCUGAGAAAUUCCUUAAACCUUGGUGGGAUGUAGUCAUCGAUUAUCUUAUCCUCGUUUUGGUCAUGAUCGCUGUCGUUUGUGGAGUGGUUGGUCUCUAUGCAUCUGGUCCUGUGUGUAUACCCGUCCUACGCUGUCCGCCGCAAGAGAACUCUUCUGCAUUAAACAAGAUCACUUGUGCAACGAUUUACAACUCAUCCCGGAAAGGAGAAGAUUCGUUAGACAUUGCCGUUCAGUUUACCAGUCGAAACAUGUUUGAUUACGUCAACUCGGAAUGUGGUGAGGAUAUUUUUUGGAUGGUUAGAUUUUUUCCGAACGUGUUGAUAGUCAUCGCUGGUUAUUGUGUGGUGUGUAAUAAUGCUUGGUUCGUCCUAAAAUCACCAACACUGGAGCAGAUGAGUGAUUUACUGCAUGAUUGUUACAAACACGCUUAUAACAACCCAACUUCUAGGGAGUCCGCAGAAAACAGAAGUCAAGUGAAAACAAAAUUGAAGGAAUUUGUACGGGAUUUUGAGGGAAAUGAUAGCACUAACUGUUUAUGUUGUCCAAAUUCCUGCAGCAUAGAGAAAUCUUAUUUCAUAAUAUCUGUCGUUCAAACAGUGGUCGCUGCCGUGAUAUUUGUCAUAUUGGUAUGGUUAACGGACAAAAUGAUGAACAGACAAUACGAAUGCAACAUUGAUGAAAUAAUUCCUGGUUUGGUAUACGAUCACUUCGCCUGCACAUAUUCAAUCGUCAAGUUUUAUUCGUUCGGCGCAGGAGUCUUUUCGACCAUUUUUGGCGUGUAUAUGGGUUUUAGCUGUUUAAAAUUAGUAUCAGCAAUAAAACUACAAUGGUUUUUAAAAACAGUCCAGUUGACAAAAAUAAACACAUUGAACAUAGAGUCGCUAGAUUUGAUAUUUUUGUUAAAGUUAGUAGCAUUAAGUAAUUCGGCGUAUCUGGAGCCGUUCCGUAUAAUGUACGAGGAAAGAAAUGAUUAA